AUGGUGUCCCAUUUGGGCCAAUUAUUGGCUCUGAAACGACUGCGAAAUCAUAUUUCUGUGAGCAGUGGGAUGAUUUUGUGUUAUCUGCUUCCACUGGUGAUUGUGGGGGCUGUGAUGUUAUUAGCUGCUCCACUCAAAGACUCCUCUCGUUUGCAACCCACAGAUGCAUUCUUCUUCGCCAUGGCUGCUGUCACAGGAAGCAGCCUCGCCACUCAGAAAAUGUCAGAUUUAACCACUUUUCAGACACUCACACUCAUGUUCCUCAUGCUUUUGGGAGGCCGGGUGUUCGUUUUGGCAUUGGAAUUGGCCUAUACAAGGAAAUUCAGGCUGUAUGAAUCCAAGAACAUGAUUUUCCCUGUCAGGCAUGGCCAUGAAGCAGAGAACAACAGGGGAAGAGAAAUAGAAGCAACAGGGACUCACAUUCUGGUGCAAAUACAGGAGGAAAAUGAUUCAGAUGUGAAAAAUCCUCUGGAUCCCCCGUCCAAGGUACAAUCUUUAAACAAGCAUUUUCAAUUUGAAUCCACUGAUGUGCGUCCCCUGUUGAGAAGAAGAAAAAUGGUUUCCACCUCGCCAGCCAGGGCAUACAAAUCAGAAGGAGAUGUGCUCACUAGGAUUAGAGAACAAGGGUGGAUCAGCGACAAUAGCAAAGGCCUGGGGAUUCAAUUGGCUUUUCAGGGUACCCAACAAAAUAAUGGUCCUGAAGAAACCCAAAAUGAUCAAUUCCAAUCCCAGGCCCUCAAGUAUUUCAACUAUAUUGUCAUCUGUUACUUUACUGUAGUUCAGCUUGUUGGAAUCAUAUCGGUGAUUAUUUACUUGAAAACAAAUCCAGAUUCACAGAAGCCUCUCAGAGAAAGGGGCAUCAAUUCCACUUUGUUCUCUGUGUUCACCACAAUUUCUUCCUUCGCCAAUUGUGGGUAUGUACAGGUGAAUGAAGGCCUGGUGCCAUUUCAGCAAUCUCCAGGGCUUCUCUGGCUGUUAGUCAUUCAGAUGGGCCUUGGGAAUACCAUGUUUUGGCCCUCUGUGAGAUUAUUAACAUGGGGAUUAAGCCGUCUGAGGAUGUUCACAACAGGUGCACACUCUAGGGCGCUGCAAUAUAUCUUGAAAAAUCCUCAGAAAUUUUUGCCGUUUGGGUUUAAGCAAACGAUGUGGAUUGUGGUGGUGGAGUGGGGACUGAACAUUGUUCAAUUGGGAUGUUUAAGUGCUCUGCAAUGGAACACAGAUGUUUUUCAGGGCCUCACCUGGACUCAGAAAUUUUCAACUGGCGUAUUCCAGACAUUUUCUAGUCGCACCACAGGCAUCAAUGUUGUAAAUAUGGUGGAUUUAUCUCCUACAAUUAUUUUCAUUUACGCUUUCAUCAUGUACAUACCAUCAGAGGCCGGACUGAAGCAAAAAUGGGCUUCAUCUGGCAAGGAUGACAGUAAUUUUUUAACCAGACAAAUUCGUAGAUCGUUGUUCCAGCGAUCAGUGGCGUUGUUGGCAAUCACAGUUGUGAUCUGCAUAAUUGAGAAUCAUAACGUAGUCCAUGACCCACUAAAUUUUUCCAUUUUAAAUAUGAUUUUUGAAACCAUCAGUGCAUAUGGGAACGUGGGACUCUCUGUUGGAUAUAGUUGCAGUCUAAGGAUGGAUAAUGGAGCAUGUGAGGAUGUUCCAUACAGUCUAUCUGGAAAGUGGAGCGUGGCAGGGAAGCUUUUACUACUCCCCCUUAUGCUGCUGGGUAGAUUUUGAUGAAAGUCAACACAUCACUUCUGGUCAAAGUCAAAAGGAUUGUAAAUAUUGUAUGCUCUAGCAUGGCACUCUUACCUAUUGGCCAUAAUAACCAGUAUCUAUAUAUAUAGAUAUAUGAGAGAGAUUUUAUGU